GCGCCCGGGGUGUGUGGCCGGCGGCAGUUGGCGAGAGCAGACCGGGAGUGCAGGCUGCGAGAGCCGGCGCCAUGGUGGAGAAGGAGGAGGCUGGCGGCGGCAUCAGCGAGGAGGAGGCGGCGCAGUAUGACCGGCAGAUCCGUCUCUGGGGAUUGGAGGCCCAGAAACGGCUGCGGGCCUCGAGGGUGCUUCUCGUCGGCAUGAAAGGCCUCGGGGCGGAAAUCGCCAAGAAUCUCAUCCUGGCAGGAGUGAAAGGACUGACCAUGCUGGAUCACGAGCAGGUUUCUCCAGAAGACCCUGGAGCCCAGUUCCUGAUCCGAACUGGGUCUGUCGGCCGAAACAGGGCCGAAGCCUCUUUGGAGCGAGCCCAGAAUCUCAACCCCAUGGUGGACGUGAAGGUGGACACUGAGAACAUAGAAAAGAAACCGGAGUCCUUCUUCACUCAGUUUGACGCCGUCUGCCUGACGCGCUGCUCCAGGGACGUCAUAGUUAAGGUCGACCAGAUCUGCCACAAAAACAGCAUCAAGUUCUUCACAGGCGAUGUUUUUGGCUACCACGGAUACACCUUUGCCAAUCUCGGAGAGCACGAAUUUGUAGAGGAGAAAACCAAAGUUUCCAAAGUUAGCCAAGGGGUAGAAGAUGGACCUGAUACCAAGAGAGCAAGACUGGAUUCCUCCGAGACAACUAUGGUCAAAAAGAAGGUGGUCUUCUGCUCUGUUAAAGAAGCGCUGGAAGUGGACUGGAGCAGCGACAAAGCGAAGGCGGCUCUGAAGCGCACGACUCCGGAUUACUUUCUCCUCCAAGUGCUCCUGAAGUUCCGCACGGACAAGGGCCGAGACCCCGGUUGCGACACCUUUGUGGAAGAUUCGGAGCUGCUGCUCCAGAUUCGAAAUGACGUGCUUGAUGCCCUGGGUGUGAAUCCUGACCUGCUUCCCGAAGACUUUGUCAGGUACUGCUUCUCCGAGAUGGCCCCGGUGUGCGCCGUGGUCGGGGGGAUCUUGGCCCAGGAGAUCGUGAAGGCCCUGUCUCAGAGGGACCCGCCUCACAACAACUUCUUCUUUUUCGACGGCAUGAAGGGGAGUGGUGUUGUGGAGUGCCUCGGCCCCAAGUGACCCCCGGCCCGGCCGGCCGCCUCGGAGACGCCCCGCCCCGCACGCCCAGGUGUGUCCCCAUGCCCUCCCCCACGAAGGCCUCUCCGGGCGAGAGAGACCAGUCACUGGACCUAUCCAGACCGUUUCCUGCAGACGCUGAAGUUGUGCAGGUUGUGCUCCUCACAAGCGCCAGCAGCCGCUGCACGCCAGGGGGCGCGGGGCCCGGCUGCGUCCACCCAGCCCUGCUCAGGACCCUGUGCCAGCUCCCGGGUGGCGGUCACCUGAGAGCGCCCUCUGACGCCCUCUGCCCUGGUGUCGCCAUGGCGUCACCAGGCCCCCGGGGCGCCGCUGGAGAUGCCCGCCAGGAACCAGCACGCCUGGCUGCUCAGGAGCCUCUCACCACCUUGGACUCGCUCCCUGCCUGAGGUCACACAGACAGGCACGUGACCUCCGGUGGAGAGGAAGGCCCGGCCAGGCCGGAUGCAGCACUGGUGGGACCGCCGUUCCAGAGGCGGACGGGAGCCCCGGGAGGAAAAGCCGGGGCAGGCGGGAUGCAUUUCCUCCAGAGCUCGAGACCCUGCAAAACAACAGGUGGCACCUGGUGCGCCGUUCCUGCGUUUCAGUCCAGGAUUAGCGAGGCCCAGCCUGGGCUGGGGGUGCCAGGUCCUCCUGGGCGUUUGGGCGAGGCCUUCAAGCUGAAAAUUAGGAGGAAAAUUUGUUUUAAAGGGCAGAUGCCAGGAUCCCACCCCCCGGGGAUUCCGACUUGCGGGCCACGCUGGGAGGGAGCGGCCGUCCUCACGGAGCCCCAGACCCGAUGCCGCGCUGGAGACCGGCGUUUAAGGGCUCUGUGGGUCCUUCACUCGCCCCCCACCCCCCAUGGCAGCUGUCUGUGUGGUUUUUUAUACUUUCUAGAUUUCCACGGCUCUUUAAACAGGAAUGAUAGAAAUAAAGUUAUUUGCUAUAGGA